AUGUGCAAUCAUCCCCAUUGUAGACGCUUAUUGUUGAUUUCUUCAGGCACAGUCCCUCCGCCGACGCAGUUACUGACCAUUGACGACAUCUUCCUGAAGGAGGACGAGCCGCCUCAACUGGAGGUGCUAAGAACACACCUGUUCGGGGAGGGCCGGUUGACGGAAAAAGCAGCUCUCAAAAUCAUUGAGGAGACCGCUGCCAUCCUAAAAAGUGAAAACAAUCUCAUAGAACUGGAAGCUCCCAUUACCGUUUGCGGGGACAUCCAUGGCCAGUUCUACGAUCUGAUGAAACUCCUAGAAGUUGGCGGCGAUCCCUCCGCAACGCAGUACUUGUUCAUGGGCGACUACGUUGACCGAGGCUGCUUCAGUAUGGAGUGCGUCCUGUACUUGUUUGCACUGAAGAUGACCUAUCCCCUCACCUUCUUCCUCCUUCGUGGCAACCACGAGUGCCGACACCUGACGGAAUAUUUCACUUUCCGACAAGAAUGUGAGUUGUUCUCUGACCUUUUGAAUACCACCAUUGCAGUGAAUGUUUGUACAUUGACACAUUUUGUUUCUGCUUUAAUUAAUUUGUGUGCUGUGAAAAAAAAGUCCAGAAGAUUUACAACAAAGCGAUGA